UUAGGCUUGGCACCGAGGGCCUAUGUGUCAAGCGGUGUGUAGGCGGAUAUGGCCGCAAAUUAACUCGGGGCUAGUGUAAAGAUACUCGCCCAUUCCUUCUUGCAGUUACCCUCGCUCAUCCCCUACCGCACCUCCGUGAGGCCUUGGCCUCCUAAGCGCCCAAGCGAGUGUCUGUCGACAGGUUCGGAGAGGGUCAUGGAAGCGCGGCCGCCGGCCCCACGGAGCUGCUUCUGCAGGACGCUGAGUCCUUUUCCUCGGGUCUUUGCUGCCGAAGCUGUGGCCGCCGAUCCCAAGGCUCUUGUAGAGGACCAGGAACUGUCUUCCUUCGUCUCAGAACCCCAAUACCCGGAAUCCGGAUGGGACCGCCUCCGGGAGCUGUUUGUCAAAGAUGAACAGCAGAGAACUUCAAAAGAACUUCAGGAUAUUUACAAGGCAGCAGUUUCAGCAGGCAUCAUCGGCUGGGCAUAUGGGGGAAUACCAGCAUUUAUUCAUGCUAAACAGCGCUACAUUGAGCAGAGCCAAGCAGAAGUUUACCGCAACCAGCUUGAUGCUGUGCAAUCUGCCCAUCGUGCUGCUACACGAGGCUUCAUCCGGUAUGGCUGGCGCUGGAGUUGGAGAACAGCCAUGUUUGUGACUAUAUUCAAUACAGUUAACACUGGUCUAAAUGUUUACCGAAAUAAAAAUGCCUUAAGUCAUUUUGUCAUUGCAGGAGCUGUCACAGGAAGUCUUUUUAGAAUAAACUUAGGCCUGCAUGGCCUAGUAGCUGGUGGCAUAAUUGGAGCCUUGCUGGGCACUCCUAUAGGAAGCCUUUUGAUGGCACUUCAGAUGUACUGUGGUGAGACAGUUCAGGAGAGAAAACAGAAGGAUCGAAAAGCAUUCCAGGAGCUGAAACUGGAAGAACGGAAAGCCAGACUACAAUUUACUGAUCUCCUCCCUGAAGAAAUUGAAAGUAAUUUACAGAAAGAUCGAUCCAAGGAUGACGCUCAGAAAAUUGAAGCACUGCUAAAUCUUCCUAGAAACCCUUCAUCAACAGAUAAACAAGACAAAGACUAAACAUGCUCUGGACUUGAAACUCAGUGGAGAGUUGAAGGGAGCUAUGUCACCGUGUCUAUAGUAUGCCAGUUGCUUGGGCUGCUGACACAUGUAAGCACUGGCAUCUGUAGUGGCACAGUGACUUGCUCUUGCUUUUUUUUAACCAAAAAUUGGGCUCUUGUACUCUUACUUUACUCUUCCUUAGAUUUAAGUACAUACUUGUAUCUGCAUUGAUUGAUCAAUAUAGAUUUCCUUUCUCUGGAUUUUACAGUAGUAAAUUAAGAGUUCUCAAAAGAUUAAAGUGGAAUUCUACAGGUUGUAAAUUUAUUCUUGUAGCCCUUUAAAAGAGUACUGUAGUGAUCACUAGGAGAAGGAGAAGAAAGAAUCAGGUAAGGCAGAUGAUCUGUGAAACCCUUGUGCCCUUGGGUCCUAGAAACAGUAAGAACCUAAAUGUGUAGUUGCGUUUGGUUUUGUUUUAAUACAAAUCAGAGAUGGUUCCUAUGCCAUUUGAAAUAAAAUAAAACUUAACAAAAAGGA